AUGGUUGGCACAGGAGGAAAUAAAGGUCUGAUCUUCAUGUUUCUUCCUAAUAUCUGGUGUAUUGGCAUUUCUCUUGACAGAUGUGAUCAUGGAAUUUUCUCUCCCGUCUCAUCCCAUAACAGUCAGCUCAUCCUGGGAUUCAAGUCCAACUUCCUUUCUCCAAUUUCUCCUUUAAAAUUCGCAAGGCAUCAUUUACUUUGCAGACACACUGAUAAACAAUAUGCAUACAGUUGUCCUUGCCAUUCAAGGCUGAAGAUUGUUAAGAAUCCUUCACUGGACAAGCAUGUGGUGAGGCAAAACAAAAUUCGCUUUGUUCUGAAACUGAAAACGCUGCUCCUCUCUAAACCCAAACACUUCAUCCCGCUUCAUAUUCUGUCCAAGUGCCGGUCCUACCUUUCACUCUCGGAUUCUCGCUCUGUUCUUUCUAUGAUACUUAGAUAUCCAGCCAUUUUUGAGCUCUUUACCAUCCCGACACCGCCCACACCCUUUAAUGCAACAAAAUCGCUCUUGCAGCUCUGUGUUCGUCUCACGCCAGCUGCAUCUGCUCUCGCAGCCCGAGAAUCCAAUCUCAAGUCAGCUAUCUCCAAUGUCCUGGCUGCCAAACUGCAGAAACUUCUUAUGCUCUCAUCUCACCAUCGCCUUGUUUUAUCCAAACUGGUUCACCUUGCCCCUGAUCUGGGUCUACCUCCAAAUUUCCGUUCUCGCCUUUGCAAUGAGCAUCCGGAUAAAUUUAAGACUGUUGAUACAUCCUAUGGCCGUGCUCUUGAGCUUGUUUCAUGGAAUCCAGAGUUGGCUAGGCCACUAACAUUCACGGAAGUUGAUUCUCGUGAGCUCAUAGUUGAUCGGCCACUGAAAUUCAAGCGCUUAAAACUCCAGAAAGGGCUGAAUGUGAAGAGACGCCAUCAGGACUUCUUAAUCAGAUUCAGGAUGCCAGAUGUAUGCCCCUAUACCACUGUUGCAUCAGAGCUAAGCAAAGGAUCUAUUGAGGCAGAGAAGAGAGCAUGUGGUGUAGCACGCGAGAUUUUGGGCAUGACAAUUGAAAAGAGGACUUUAAUAGACCAUUUAACUCACUUCAGGAAGGAUUUUGCCCUAUCUAAUAAGUUGAGAGAUAUGAUUGUAAGGCAUCCAGAAUUGUUCUAUGUUAGCGUGAAAGGGCAGAGGGAUUCGGUCUUUCUAGUCGAAGGAUAUGAUGACAAUGGUACUCUUUUGGAGAAGGACCACUCUUUAGUAAUUAAGGAUCAACUAAUGGACCUUGUUAUGGAAGGGAAAAGGAUCAGAAGAGAAAGGAGAAAGAGUGAAAUGAACAAUAUUGGUGAUUUUAUUGUGGAAUCCGAGGAGGCUUACAGGGAUAAUGGGGAAUUUUCUGAUGAUGGUUUUGAGAGUUUAUUUGAGUCCGAAGAUUCCGAUUGGGAUAGUCAUUUUGACAGCGACAAUGAAAGUGAUGAGCUGCUGGGGGAAGGGGUGACGAGAGACUUUUGGAUUGCAGAUACUUCUUCUAGUCUCGAAGGGUUAGAUGCGCAUUCAGAAAUUUGGUGAUGAGCGAAAAGUAAUGACACUGUAAGUCCUCAAACACAGUUUUAAGACAAGCAAUUCCGGAUCACUUCCUUCCACAACUGAUGACUGCCACAGCUAGCAGUCGGUAUCCCCACUGCUAUCAAUUAAAAGGUGCUACUAGGCAAAAGCCUCAACCUCUAGCCAGUAGGUAACAACCUCUAUCACUGGCACGUGGGAGAUAUGCUCCGUUGCAAAAGGAUAGGAUGACCUGCUUCCAUUCCAUCUGCUUAAAGCUCGUGGCUCUCAAGCCUUGUGGAUAUUAUGAUUUGUCAUUGUUACUUUUUUGGGUGGGUUGGGUGUAACCCGCCCGGUAUCCGGAACUGAAGCCCUGACUAAUCCAGACUCGGGGAUUAGAGCAGCGAAGGUUUCUUCCCUCCCAGCAAGGGUCUCUCCGAGUUAAUUUGCUGGCUGAGAUGUAUACUCUUAGGUUGCAAGUUCAGCAAGUGUAGCCAAAGUUGUGACAAAUGUGUGGAUAAUUUUCAGCAACAUUGUCGGGUAUUUUGAUCAGUUUUGACUUGACUGAGAAGAAUAUGCAGGUCAGUUUUCUUCAAGCAUUGUACUGAUUAGAGAAGACCGCGUGGUGGGUUAGUCUUCUUCAAGCAUGUACUGAUCAGGACAGCAAGCAGAUAAGAGUUGUGAUGGUGAGAUCAGUAGGUGACGCUUUGGUUGGAGGCUGUAAAGGGAGUGUGUCACCUACUGUGCUGAUGUUGCGGCGGCAGGGGCUGUUUGUCAAGCAAUUUAGUCAGCAGCAUCACUGGCUGCCGCGAACGUUACGCCUUUCUCACCAUUGAAACUGAUGACUCUGCCAUGGUCUAUAAUAGCUGCGAGGGGAACGAGAUGGUUCGUAGUUGAAAGGCCGGGUUCAGCCCAUGCAAUAUGUGCAGCGGAUUCAACACGCAAAUGUAGGCUAUGACUAUUCUGCUGUAUUUAUUGUUAGAAAAUGGGAAUGUCCUCACUGGAUCAGAAUGGAAUAUUCAUGUGUCAGAUCCGGAUCUCCUGCAUCGAUGGUUGAACUCAUGUGUUGCGGAUGACCCCCUUUCCUUUGAAGGUUUUGUCCUUGCUAUAGAUCAAUGCAUAGGGCAUUAAUGACACGGGAUGUAUUGAUCUUUGGACAGACUACACUACCAUGGAGUAUGUUCUUGCUG